AUGUUCUCACAGGAUGGAGAUACGUUUGUCGUGAGCCCUGUACCCACCUGUACCCGGCCGGCCGACAGGAGGCCAACGUCUUUAGACAGUGAUGGUGACAGAGGCAGAAAGUGCCGGGAAGGCCGCGGGAAGCCGGGGCUGGGCUUCCCCUGUCCCCCGGUUCUGGUGGAGCUCCUGAGCCGGCACCGGAGGGACGUGAGGGAUGGUUUCUCGGACCCUGAAGAGCUGAAUCAGAUCAUGGUGUUCCAGAGCGACGAGCUGCGCUGGACCGCACAGAAACGCGGUCUCUGGUCACUAGAGUAUAAGCGGGAGCUGACGAGUCCGCUCUGCAUAGCGGCGGCGCAGGGUUUCACCGAGUGUCUGCAGUACCUGCUGGAACACGGCGCUCAUCCCAACCUCAGCGCCGGAGGCAAGGCUGCCCUGCAUGAAGCCUGCGCUAACGGCAACACCGACUGUGUAGAGCUGCUCCUAGAUCAUGGAGCCAAUCCCAACCAGCUGACUGAGGACGGGCUGACCCCCCUGCACCUCUGCACCACACCCCAGUCUCUCCGCUGUGCUAAAGCUGUAGUGCGUCACGGUGCCAAGGUCCACCUCCCCAGUGAGGAGGAGGAGGAGACACCUCUACACGUGGCAGCGAGACACGGCCUUCCACACCACGCCCAGCUCUACCUGCGAUACGGCGCCCACAUCAAUCACACCAGUAGCUCUGGCGAGACACCGCUGGGGCUGGCCUGCAGUGAAGCCCAGGACAAGCUGGAGGAAGAUCAGGACGAGCCCCACCUCCAGCUCUGUCACCUCCUGCUGGCUUACGGAGCUAACGUCAACCUGUCCGACAGCGAGAGACGCACCCCUCUGCACAAGGCCGCCCGCAACGUCCAGGUUAAACUAGUGCAGCUGCUGCUGGAUCACGGGGCAGAUAUUAAUGCUAUUGACUACAAUGGUUGUUCCCCACUUUCCUGCGUCCUACAAACAUCCAACAUCCGGCAGGAGUGGCAGCCACACAUCGUUGUUCAGACACUGUUAAACCACGGCUCCAUUAAAGUGUGGCCGCAGGCGUUACUGAAGGUUUUAACAGCGUGUGCAUCAUCCCCAAAAACUGUGGAGAUUCUGUUUAACUCCUACAACCUUGUUCCUGUAACAUCCAAAUGGGCAGAGGCUAUACCUGAGGAUCUCUUCCAGCUGCACAGGCCGUUUUAUGAGUCUCUGUUUGCGCUGGAGUAUAAGCCGCGCUGUUUACAGCACCUCUGCAGAUCUGCCCUGAGGAAACACUUCGGGAAACAUUGCCACUCGCUCAUCCCACGCCUGCCCAUCCCUCGCUCACUACAAGACUAUCUCCUGCUAGAACCUGAAGGCUUUAUUAUCUAAAACACCUGAAAAAAACUGGCUUCAAAGGACAGACUGAAGUUAAACUGAUACUGUAGAGUAAUGCUGUGAAAGAUCUGUACUAAUGUUUAUCUGUGCUUCUGUUUGUUGCUGUGCUGUAAACUGUUUGAUGUAAUAAUGUGUUGUUAGUAUUCUGUACAUAGGCCUGUGUUACUGGUUUGUGUUUGGAUACUGGAAUAAGCAUGUCUCAUAACUUUUCAAAAGUUUCAGUAAUACAUACAUACUGCUUUCUGAUGAAAAUGUCUCUAAAUAAAAAAUAGGAUAUACUUUUCCACACAAACACUGCUAGUAAAUUUAAUAGAUCAUAUAUUCAAGGACUACUCAUUCACGUUACAAUUCUUGGUGGAUUAAUUUAGAAUUACUUUAGUUAGUGUUAUUUUGUAACUUACUCUCAUUGAAGUAUAUAUUAGUUACUGCAUCUUAGUAGAUUUAAAUAAAUACAGUGGUUAGACAAUGAAACUGAAACACCUGUCAUUUUAGUGUGGGAGGUUUCAUGGCUAAAUUGGAGCAGCCUUGUGGCCAAUCUUCAUUAAUUGCACAUUGCACCAGUAAGAGCAGAGUGUGAAGGUUCAAUUAGCAGGGUAAGAGCACAGUUUAGCUCAAAAUAUUGCAAUGCACACAACAUUAUGGGUGACAUACCUGUGUUUAAAAUCAGACAAAUUGUUUGUGCACGUCUUGCCGGUGCAUCUGUGACCAAGACCAAGCAAGUCUUUGUGAUGUAUCAAGAGCCACGGUAUCCACGGUAAUGUCAGCAUACCACCAAGAAGGACGAACCACAUCCAACAGGAUUAACUGUGGACGCAAAAGGAAGCUGUCUGAAAGGGAUGUUCGGGUGCUAACCCGGAGUGUAUCCAAAAAACAUAAAACCACGGCUGCCCAAAUCACGGCAGAAUUCAAUGUGCACCUCUCCUGUUUCCACCAGAACUGUCUGUCGGGACAAUAAAUUAUUCUGGUCUUAAACCAGGUGUUUCAGUUUCAUUGCCCAACUCCUGUAUAUCUGUAUCUUAUUAAAUUAAGUAGCACCAUAUUAA